CUGAAAAAAAGUAGUCUAAGUUUUAUGUAAAAAUUUUAUCUCAUGGCUCUCUCAGAUGAUCCAGAGAUGCAGCCCUUCCUCUUUGGAUUGUUCCUGUCUAUGUACCUGGUCACAGUGCUUGGGAACCUGCUCAUCAUCCUGGCUGUCAGCUUUGACUCUCAUCUCCACACCCCCAUGUAUUUCUUCCUCUCCAACCUGUCCUUGGAUGACAUCUGUUUCAUCUCCACAACAGUCCCCAAGGUGGCUGUGGACAUCAAAAUUCACAGAAGAGAGAUUUUCUAUGUGAACUGCCUGACACAGAUGUCAUUUUUGAUCCUUUUUGGAUGCAUGGAUGCUAAGCUUCUGACUGUGAUGACCUAUGACUGGUUUGAGGCCAUCUGUCACCCCCUGUAUUACUCAGUCAUCAUGAACCCUCACUUCUUUGGCUUCUUAGUUUCCACGUCUUUUUUAGUUAGUCUUGUGGAUUACAAGGCACACAACCUGAUUGCCUUGCAAAUCAUCUACUUCAAGGAUGUGGAAAUUUCCAAUUUCUUUUGUGACCCUGCACAACUCCUUAAUCUUGCUUGCUCUGAUACAUUCAUUAAUAACAUAGUAAUGUAUUUUGUUGAUGUCAUAUCUGGUUUUCUUCCUAUCUCUGGAAUCUUCUCUUAUUACAAAAUUGUUUCCUCAUUUCUGAGCGUCCCAUCAUUAGGUGGGAGAUGUAAAGCCUUCUUCACCUGUGGUUCUUACCCAUCAGUUGUUUGCUUAUUUUACGGAACAGCCAUUGGAGUGUAUCUUGGUUCAGCGGUGUCACAUUCCCCCAGAAAAAGUGCAGUGGCUUCACUGAUAUACACUGUGAUGACCCCUAUGUUGAAUCCCUUCAUCUACAGCCUGAGGAACAGGGACAUUAAAAGUGCUGUGAGGAAGCUCCACAGCAGAACAGUGUCAUUUCUGGGCCUGUGGUAUUCCAUUUGUAAUGCAGAUUGGUAA